AUGUCAAUGUCACUCUUCUAUCAAAAGUUGCGUGUUGCAGUGUAUUGUGGUAAUUUAAGUGUUAAAAUUACAAAAAGAUUAAUUUACACACACAAAAUGAGUGAAAAACCAACAGUUCCCAUGACUAACGGCUUCGAGAGCAAAACGCCAUUUCUAAUCGGAGUAGCUGGCGGUACGGCGAGUGGCAAGUCAACAGUAUGCCAAAGGAUUAUGGAGAAACUUGGACAGCAGCACAAAGAACAGACUGAGAGGCGAGUUGUCUGCAUCAGUCAGGAUUCCUUCUACCGUACUCUUACCACGUCUGAGAGGCUGAGGGCUGAACGAGGGCAAUUUAACUUCGACCAUCCUGACGCAUUUGAUGACAAGAAGCUUUUGGCCGUGCUCAAAGACAUCUUAGACGGAAAGAAGGUGGAAGUACCAGAGUAUGAUUACAUAACAAACUCUAUAAGCAACCGCUCGCACACGAUUUACCCAGCAGACGUGGUCCUGAUCGAAGGCAUCCUUGUUUUCUACUUCAAGGAAGUUAGAGAACUAUUUCACAUGAAGUUGUUUGUUGACACUGACUCCGACACAAGGCUCGCUAGGAGAGUACCUCGCGACAUCAUGGAGCGUGGCCGCGACCUGGAACAGGUCCUCAACCAGUACAUGAACUUUGUGAAGCCCGCCUUCGAGGAGUUCUGUCUGCCGACAAAGAAGUUUGCUGACGUCAUCAUACCGAGAGGCGCUGAUAAUUUAGUGGCCAUUGACCUUAUCGUGCAUCACAUAUGGGAUAUUAUGUAUAAGAAGCGUCCGGCGAAGAUUAGCAACGGUUGUAACGGACAUAUCGAGGAGGAGGGCAACGGCCGCCGGCUGUCCGGCAGCUCCGAGGACACGCUCAUGGCCAUCGACCUGAUAGUACAGCAUAUAUCGGAGUAUUUGAAGCAGAAGCCGGUGGACAAGAGUCAGCUAUACCCUGGGUUAUCAACGCCGAUCCCAUCAAGCCCUCACCGAGCUGGUAAGAGCGGGAGGCCACAUUAA